AUUUUAUGGAUGAAGAAACCGAGGCUCACAGACAUCCUCGGCCAUCAGAGCCACACGGUUCACUGCCCAGCAUGGGAAAAGAGGAGGAGAUGGCACGGGCUGCGUGGAGGAGAGGGCCUCGGCUUCGGUGGAUCUCAGCUUGAGGAGGGCCACAUGGGUCCAGUUUGUAAAUCCCCCUUGCCCGUGCUCUUCGUGUACAAGCUCCACCCGAAGGCUGCUCUGACAGGGGAGCUGCCAAAGCCAGCUCAGGACAGGAUUAUGUGUACUGGGUAGACCACGGAGAGGCAGCAGGGACAGACCUGGGGGAGCAGAGAGAAGCAGGAGGUGGAGAGGGGACCAGCAUCGGACAAGAGAGAGACAGAGUAUCCUCCGUGCCCAGAUGCCAGAGUAGCUAACCUGCCCCUGCCUCCCAGCCCAGGGGCAGUCAAGGGAGAGCAAUGGAGACCUGGCUGGGCAGGCUCUGGUUAUGUGUAAUGCUGUUUCUGCCUCUUCUUCAGCUCUGCCGGAAUCAGGAGCUCUUUGGACCUUCUCUUCAGACACCAGCAGAGGAGGGCCAGGCCCCUGAGGGCCUCUGGGGACAUUGGGGCCGGUGGGCCUCCUGCUCCCAGCCCUGUGGGGUGGGAGUGCAGCGCAGGAGCCGAACAUGUGAACUGCGCCCAGGCCUACCCCUCCCUCCCCGACCCCCAAGACAUCCAGAAGCCCUCCGGCCCCGGGGUCAGAGCUCUAGACCCCAGGUUUCCCGGGGUCCCCAGUCCCUGCACAGGCCACAGCCUCGGGGAAGGGGUGGCCCUCUUCAAGGUCCUGCUUCUCAUCUGGGGAGAGAAAAGACCCAGGAGACUCCAGGGGCCCAGAGGUCCCGGGGUCGAGACCCUAUCAAGCCAGGGAUGUUUGGCUAUGGGAGAGUGCCUUUUGCCUUGCCACUGCACCGGAGCCGCAGGCAUCCCAGCAGACCCGAGCAACCCAAGAACUCUUCUACAUGGGCAGAGGCCCUUCCAUCCCAGCCUCCAAGCACAGAACUGGCUUCUGCAAACCACAGCUCUCAAAUGCAGCUGCCUGAACUGCAUGCCCCCUCCCGCUCCCCCGAAGCGGAAACCCCAAGGACAGGAAGCACUCAGAUAGAGGUGCCCCCCAGAAGCAGUCCUGCUCCCUCUGACACAGGGAUUCCUUCACCCAUGUCCUUCUUUGGAGACAGUAGGUCUUUCCAGGGAUCCCCUGGGCCACGAAUGCCUACUUCCCAGGGUUGGAACAGUCCCCAGGGAACAGAGCGGCACCCUCAUCCUUUCCCUUCUGUCCCCCGGAGUAGAGGCCAGCAGAGCAGGGGACACGGGAGACCUCGAGGGAGUUUUCACAGGUCCCCAGAUGGCUGGCUGCCUCUGACAAGAGAUUCCAGCCCCCUCUGGAGCCUUUUUGCUCCCAGUAGCCCUGUUCCAAAAUGUUCUGGGGAAAAUGAGCAGCUGAGAGCCUGCAGCCAGGAGCCUUGCCCUCCUGAGCAGCCAGACCCCAGGGCCCUGCAAUGUGCAGCCUUUGACUCCCAGGAAUUCAUGGGCCAGCUGUACCAGUGGGAGCCCUUCACUGAAGUUCAGGGUUCCCAGCGCUGUGAACUGAACUGCCGCCCCCGGGGCUUCCGAUUCUAUGUCCAUCACACCGAAAAGGUCCAGGAUGGGACCUUGUGUCAGCCUGGAUCCCUAGACAUUUGUGUGGCAGGACGCUGCCUGAGCCCCGGCUGUGAUGGGAUCCUUGGCUCUGGCAGGCGUCCAGAUGGCUGUGGAGUCUGUGGAGGUGAUGGCUCUACCUGUCAUCUCGUUUCGGGAAACCUCACUGAUCGAGGGGGCCCCUUGGGCUACCAGAAGAUUCUGUGGAUCCCUGCAGGAGCUUCCCGUCUGAAGAUUUCCCAGCUCCGACCCAGUUCCAAUUACCUCGCACUCCGAGGGCCAGGGGGCCGCUCCAUUAUCAAUGGAAACUGGGCUGUGGAUCCUCCAGGGUCCUACUCGGCCGUCGGGACUGUCUUCCAGUAUAACCGUCCUCCUCGGGAGGAAGGCAAGGGGGAGAGCAUGUCAGCUGAAGGCCCUACCACCCAGCCUGUGGAUGUCUAUAUGAUCUUUCAAGAGGACAACCCAGGUGUUUCUUAUCAGUAUGUCAUUGCUUCCCCUCCUGCAGUCCUAGAGAGCCCUUCCACGAAGCCUCCAGCCUUCCAACUUCAGCCUGAGAUGCUGAGCGGGGAAGCCCUACUUGCUUCAGCUCCUCGCCCAGUUCGGGCACCAGGCACCCUCCAGCGUCAGGUGCGGAUUCCCCAAGUGCCUGUUGUGACUCACACCAGGACAUCCCUGGGCACUGCAGCGGGAUACUGGAAGCAGGUGGGGCACUCUGAGUGUUCGGCAUCCUGUGGCAAAGGUGUUUGGCACCCCAUUUUCCUCUGCAUUUCCCGUGAGUCAGGAGAGGAGUUGGAUGAACAGAACUGUGCCAUGGGUGCCAGACCCCCAGCUUCCCCUGAACCCUGCCAUGGGCCCCCGUGUCCCCCAUACUGGGAGGCUGGUGAGUGGACUUCCUGCAGCCAGUCCUGCGGCCCUGGCACCCAGCACCGCCAGCUGCUCUGCAGACAAGAAUUUGGAGACGGUGGCUCCUCUGUGCCCCCAGAGCGUUGUGGACAUCUCCCCCGGCCCAAUGUCACUCAGCCUUGUCAGCUGCACCUCUGUGGCCACUGGGAGAUUAGCUCCCCCUGGAGCCAGUGCUCUGUGCGCUGUGGUCGGGGUCAGAGGAGCAGGCAAGUUCGGUGCGUUGGAAGCAAUGGUGACGAAGUGAGCAAGCAGGAGUGUGCUUCGGGCCCCCCCCCACCGCCCAGCAGAGAGGCCUGUGACAUGGGACCCUGUACCACAGCCUGGUUCUACAGUGACUGGAGUUCCAAGUGCUCAGCUGAGUGCGGGACAGGAAUCCAGAGACGCUCUGUGGUCUGCCUUAGGAGUGGGGAGACCCUCCAGGAGGACCAGGAAGCAGGAGCAGGAAGCACUGAGCAUGGCUGCCCUCUCAGAAGCCGCCCUCCUGACAUGCGCGCCUGCAGCUUAGGGCCCUGUGAGAGGACAUGGCGCUGGUACACAGGGCCCUGGAGUGAGUGUUCCUCAGAGUGUGGGUCUGGCACACAGCACAGAGACAUCAUCUGUGUGUCCAAACUGGGAGCUGAGUUCAAUGUGACGUCUCCCAGCAACUGUUCCCACCUCCCCAGGCCCCCUGCCCUGCAGCCAUGUCAGGGGCAGGCCUGUGAGGACCGAUGGUUUUCUACUCCCUGGAGUCCGUGUUCUCGCUCCUGCCAGGGAGGCAUGCAGACGAGGGACGUCCAGUGCCUGAGUGCCAAUCAGACUCUCAGCACCCGAUGUCCUCCUCGCCUGCGACCUUCCAGGAAGCGGUCCUGUAACAGCCAACCCUGCAACCAGCGCCCUGAUGACCAAUGCAAGGACAGCUCUCCACACUGCCCCCUGGUGGUACAGGCCCGGCUCUGCGUCUACCCCUACUACACAGCUACCUGCUGCCGCUCAUGUGCCCACGUCCUGGACCGGUCCCAGCUGGAGCCUGCCUGAAAUGGGUCCAAGAGAUCCUUUCUUCAUGGGUUUCUUAUGCCACCACUGGCCACCCGCUGACUAUCCCACUCUGUAUCCUCUGGCUUUUCACCUGGUCUGGGUCUCACCAGGGAUGUCCUCUAGGGGGAGAGGACAAGGUGACUGUUGACCUGCUGUUGGGUUUGCACUACAAUGUGACACCCUGGGAUGUGUACCUGGCCUGCCUGGGUGUUUGCCCCUGUGUAUGUGUCACUUCCUCAAAAAAGCAAACUGAGGAAGAGGGGGAAGUGCACAACACCUGUUUCCCGGAUGCCUUCUUUUUCCACGCUAGUCUGAGCUACAUAGCAUGUGCCCUGUAAGUUCCAAUUUUAUGUCCCAAUCCUCAUUUCCAGGCCAGGCCUCACACCAUUAAGCUACCCUGUUGUUCCUACCCCUUCAUCCCUCCCUCAUUAGCUAGGGGACCCCUGCUACCCUACCUUGCCCAGGAAGGACCACACCUCUCCAGAGCAGGGACCAGUGUGAGGAGGAUGAAAAAGAGAGAUGUCAGCAUUAAGACACCCUAGCCCCGGCCCCCACUUCACACUGGUGACGCCCAUCCCAGAACUAAUUUAUUUUUUAUUAAAGUUGAUUGUGACAAA